AUGGAUUUAGACACAGAUGUUCCCAUGGAAGAUGUCAGUGAUGACCACAGCGAAACCUACCAAGGAGGUGCCAAGAUUGAUGCAUCAAAAUCGAAACCCCUGGAGCUCACUGGAGACAGCGUAAACCAGCUAGACCAGUGGAUCGAGAAAUUGGCCAACUGUGAGCCAUUAUCCGAACAAGACGUCAAACGUCUAUGCGACAUGGCGGUAGAUGUGUUACAAUUUGAAGAAAAUGUCCAACCUGUCCAAGUUCCCGUUACCAUUUGUGGUGACGUCCAUGGACAGUUUCAUGAUUUAAUGGAGUUAUUUAAAAUUGGUGGUCCUUGCCCUGACACAAACUAUUUGUUCAUGGGAGACUAUGUCGAUAGAGGAUAUUACUCGGUCGAAACCGUUUCAUUUUUGGUGUGCAUGAAGGUAAGGUACCCCAACAGAAUUACCAUCUUACGUGGUAAUCACGAAUCCCGUCAAAUCACUCAAGUCUAUGGGUUCUACGACGAAUGCUUGCGUAAGUAUGGAAGUGCCAACGUGUGGAAGGUGUUUACCGAUUUGUUUGAUUAUUUCCCCAUUACGGCCUUGGUGGAUAAUAAGAUUUUCUGUCUUCACGGAGGAUUGUCCCCAAUGAUUGAAACCAUUGACCAGGUUCGUGAAUUGAACCGAAUUCAAGAGGUUCCUCAUGAAGGCCCAAUGUGUGACUUGUUAUGGUCGGAUCCCGAUGACCGUGGUGGAUGGGGAAUCUCUCCAAGAGGUGCUGGCUUCACUUUUGGACAAGAUAUCUCUGAACAAUUUAACCAUACCAAUGACUUGAGUUUGAUAGCUCGUGCCCAUCAAUUGGUAAUGGAAGGGUAUUCUUGGUCUCAUCAGCAAUCAGUGGUGACGAUAUUCUCGGCUCCUAAUUAUUGUUACCGUUGCGGUAAUCAAGCAGCUAUCAUGGAAGUAGACGAGAUGCACAACAGACAAUUUUUGCAGUAUGAUCCUUCGAUCAGACCAGGUGAACCUACUGUCACCAGAAAGACUCCGGACUACUUCUUGUGA